UCUGCACGACAUGUUGACAUUGGGCACUUCGAUCCAUCCGGAGUCAAUGAGCUCCGCAGAGCAAUGUCUCGCGCCUCUGGCGUCUCCUCUGGGAGGAGGGCGGAUGCUCAGUCAAUCAGCCGUCAGCCGACGCGGUCGGAUGCUACCUCUGAUGAGGGUACUUUGACACCUGGAGAUGGACCAUUUGACUUCGAGAAGACGCUGAAGACCGUUAUGAGGAGGCUGGAGCAGUCAGACAUCAAGACCAGAGAACUUGGAGUCUUGUUUGAAAACUUGAGGGUUGUCGGAUUAGGCGCAGGAGCCACGUACCAAGCCACGCUGGCUUCUGAGCUCAACCCGCUCAAAUUCAUCGACAUCGUGAAGCGGCUUCGCCACCCACCUGUUCGCGACAUUUUGACUGGGUUCGAAGGCUGUGUGAAGCCGGGCGAGAUGCUCUUGGUCCUCGGCCGUCCGGGCGCGGGUUGCAGUACCCUGCUUAAGACCCUCGCCAACCACCGGGCUGACUACCACGCCGUUCAUGGAGACGUCUUCUACGACACAUUCACACCCGCAGAAAUUGCUAAGCACUAUCGCGGAGACGUUCAGUACUGCCCCGAGGACGAUGUGCACUUCCCCACACUCACGGUGAAGGAGACCCUUGACUUCGCUGCAAAGACCCGCACCCCGCAGACGCGUAUCGCCGAAACUCGCCGAGAGCAUCGCGAGACGAUAACGGACAUAUUGGCGACUAUUUUCGGAUUGAGACAUGUCAAGGACACGCUCGUCGGCGACGCUAGGAUAAGGGGCGUCAGCGGCGGCGAGAAGAAGCGGGUGUCUAUUAGCGAAGUCUUGGCGACGAGGAGCCGAAUUACUGCUUGGGAUAAUUCCACCCGUGGACUUGACGCGUCGACAGCACUUGAAUUCGUCCGCGCCCUCCGGCUGGCCACCGACAUUGCUCAUGUGACAACCAUCGUUGCUAUUUACCAGGCAGGCGAGUCGCUGUACGAGCUUUUCGAUAAGGUUUGCGUGCUCUACGAGGGCAAGAUGGCGUACUUCGGGCCCGCCGAACACGCUCGGCAGUACUUCAUCGACAUGGGAUACGAGCCCGCGAACCGACAGACCACGGCCGACUUCCUCGUCGCAGUGACAGACCCACACGGACGCACGCUCCGCAAGGGCUUCGAAGACCGCGCGCCGCGCACAGCUGACGAGUUCGCGCAGUACUUCCUCAGCAGCGACCUCGGUGCCGCAAACCGUCAGGACAUGGAGCACUACCGCAUGGAGUGUGAGGGAAACCCGGAGAAGAGCGAGACGUACCGCCAGAGCAAUCGUGCGGAGCACGCGACAACUAGUCGUGCGAGGAGCUCGUACAUUAUCUCCAUCCCGAUGCAGGCGCGAGCGUUGAUGCUGCGGCGGGUCCAGAUCAUCAAGGGUGCGGUCGGCGCGCAGGUGAUUCAGGUGAUGUCGUUCGUGCUGCAGGCAGUGAUUGUGGGCACUAUCUUCUUGCGGGUGAGCGAUACAACAUCAACGUUUUUCUCGCAAGGAGGUGUGAUGUUCUUUGCGCUGCUUUUUUCCGCUUUGUCGACGAUGGCGGAGAUCCCGGCGCUCUUCGGUCAACGGCCCAUUGUGCUCCGGCAUACGAGAGCUGCGAUGUACCACCCGUUCGUCGAGGCCGUAGCCCUAACGUUGGUUGAUGCCCCUAUCACGGCCGUGACCAUCAUCGUGUUCUGCAUCGUCCUAUAUUUCGUCGUGGGCUUGCAAGCGUCCGCUGGGCAAUUUUUCAUCUUCUUGCUCUUUGUUUACUCGAUGACGUUGACGAUGAAGGCAUGGUUCCGUGCACUUGCGGCGGCGUUUAAGAGCGCAGCUCCAGCGCAGGCGAUUGCCGGAGUAUCCGUUCUGAUUCUGGUACUGUACACUGGCUAUACAAUCCCUCAACCAUAUAUGAUCGGCGCAUUGCGAUGGCUUACGUGGCUUGAUCCUCUGCACUAUGGCUUCGAAGCCCUCAUGGUCAAUCAGUUCCGUACAGUCGACGCUGUCUGCUCGUCGCUCAUACCUACAGGACCCGGAUACGAAUCAGUGUCUUUGCAAAAUCAGGUCUGCACCACCGUAGGCUCGCAGCCAGGUCAGGACACGGUCAACGGCGCUCGAUAUGUCGCACUUUCCUACGGGUAUUCGUAUAGUCACUUGUGGCGGAACUACGGUAUAAUAAUCGCCUUCGGUAUAGUUUUCUUGAGCGCCCUGCUCUUGCUGACUGAGAUUAACACCUCUGUUGCUGGCGACUCGACCGUGACACUAUUUAAGCGAGGAGCAAAGGCGAACAUGGAACAAGCCGUGCCUGACGAUGAGGAAAAGCCACGUAACAGCCCGCCGUCCCCGACGGAGACGACUGGAGUAUCAGAAGACGCACGUGAGGCUAUGAAGGAAGCCCCAGCAGCAAACACUUUCUCGUUCGAGAACCUGACGUAUGUCGUACCUGUGGGCGGCGGUCAAAGGAAGCUUUUGGACAAUGUAUCCGGCUACGUGGCGCCGAGUAAACUGACGGCUUUGAUGGGAGAAUCUGGAGCCGGCAAGACUACGCUGCUUAAUGUUUUAUCUGAACGGACGUCGGGCGGCGUCGUGACCGGCAACCGAUUCAUGAACGGCCAGACCUUGCCCCCGGAUUUCAGGCAGAAAACUGGCUAUGUGCAGCAAAUGGAUACUCAUCUACCGACGGCAACCGUCCGAGAAGCAUUGUUUUUCUCCGCUAUGUUGCGUCAGCCCCCCUCUGUUCCACAAUCGGAAAAGGAGGCUUGGGUCGACAAGUGCCUGCAGAUGUGUGGUCUGAAAGAUUUUGCGGAUGCAAUUGUCGGCUCUCUCGGGGUUGAGCACCGCAAGCGCACGACCAUCGGCGUUGAACUCGUCGCCAAACCUUCGCUCAUCUUCCUCGACGAGCCGACAUCUGGACUCGACUCGCAGAGCGCCUGGGCAAUUGUCAGCUUCCUGCGCAGCCUUGCAGCCAGCGGUCAGUCGAUUGUCUGUACGAUCCACCAACCAUCAGCCGAGCUCUUCGAGCAAUUUGAUCGGCUACUGCUCCUGCGGAAGGGCGGACAGACCGUAUAUUUCGGGGAUGUGGGUGAGAAAUCAAGCGCACUCAUCGGUUAUUUCGAGUCGAAUGGCGCGCGUCCGUGCGGCGAGGCCGAGAACCCUGCAGAGUACAUUCUUGACGCCAUCGGUGCCGGAGCGACAGCGACGACCGACAUUGAUUGGGCCGACACUUGGAGGAAGUCGGAUCAUGCGAGUGAUCUCGUCAAGGAACUUGAUACGAUACACAUUGAAGGACGGCAGCGCGAGACUGUCAGCACGUCGGCGAAGAUGAGCGUUUAUCAGACGUCCUGGAGCUUCCAACUGGCAACGCUGCUGAAGCGUAAUGCCGAGCGUCACUGGCGGGAUCCGACAUACUUGAUAGCCAAGCUCGGUGUAAACAUUGCGGCAGGUCUACUCAUUGGUUUUACUUUCUUCAAGGCAAAGGAUACUGUACAGGGAACGCAAAACAAGCUUUUUGCCAUUUUCAUGUCUACAAUCAUCAGUGUGCCGCUCUCGAAUCAGCUGCAAGUGCCGUUCCUCGACAUGCGCAGCAUAUUCGAAAUCCGGGAGCGCCACAGUAGCAUGUACAGCUGGACAGCUUUUAUUACUUCGCAGAUCCUCGUGGAAAUCCCUUGGAAUAUCCUCGGGUCAUCUUUGUAUUUCCUGUGCUGGUACUGGACUGUGGGCUUCCCGACUGACCGAGGAGGAUUUACAUACCUGAUGUUGGGAGUGGUCUUCCCGCUGUACUACACGACCAUUGGCCAGGCUAUCGCGGCUAUGUGUCCAAAUGCUGAGAUCGCUGCACUUGUUUUUAGCUUCCUGUUUAGCUUUGUUCUAUCAUUUGAUGGUGUCCUUCAGCCUUUCCGCCAACUCGGUUGGUGGCAGUGGAUGUACCGCCUGUCUCCCUAUACAUAUCUCAUCGAAGCACUACUAGGACAAGCAAUCGGGCAUAGCAGCGUCACUUGUGAUGCAGUUGAGCUCGUCACAGUUACUCCGCCUUCAGGUCAGACCUGCCAGCAGUACCUCGGCCGGUUCAUCGAGGAAGCAGGAGGAUACAUCACGGAUGGCGACGCGUCGAGCAAUUGCCAAUACUGCUCGUAUAGUACGACCGAUGCGUUCCUUGGGCAAAGCUUCAACAUUUAUUACUCCCAUCACUGGCGCGAUUUCGGUAUUUUCUUUGCAUUCAUUCUCUUCAAUGUAUGCUGUAUUUACCUCUUUACCUAUCUGUUCCGCUUGCGCUCGGGAAGCCUGUUUGGAGUCUUCAAGAGGCUCGUGGCAAAACGUCAGUAAUGUUGGGAUUACAGCUACGAAAUAUAGACAAACCUUGUUAGACCUUCCACCGUCACGAUCUAGAGUAAGACUUGUCACAUGCGUCAUAAAUGUAUUAAACACUAGACAUAUCUCAG